AUGGCUCAGAGCGAAGCUUUCCAGAAGGCUGUUGUCGACUCCAAGAAGUUGACUUCCAAGCCCUCCAACGAGGAUCUCCUCGAGAUCUAUGGUCUCUACAAGGUCGCCACUGGCGAGAAGAUUGCCGAUGCCGCCAAGCCUGGCAUGUUCGACCUCAAAGGCAAGGCCAAGUACAACGCCUGGCAAGACGUUGACAACAAGGGCUUGACCCCCGAGCAGGCUCAGGAGCAGUACGUGGCCAAGAUUGAGGAGAUGAAGACCAAGUACGGCUAUGACGCCAACAAGGAACCCGAGGCUGUUGGCGGUAACUAG